AUGGAUUCGGUUCCGCCUCUCCCUCCUUGGACUUCAGAUGACGAUUUUCUACUCAAGAACGCCAUUGAGACUGGAGCUUCACUGGAAUCGCUGGCAAAAGGAGUUGUUUCCUUCUCCCGGUGGUAUUCACUUAGGGAGUUGAGGGAACGCUGGCAUUCUGUUCUCUAUGAUUCUGAUGUUUCUGAUGAAGCUUCUGUUGCCAUGAAGAAUUUGGAGCUUGCCAAGUCUAAUGGUAAAGCAGCAAAGGAAGUUGCGGGUUCUGCGGAAGUUGCUGCUCCGAAGAGGAAGAAUCAGACCAUUCGCAAGGUAUAUAAUGCCAUGCGGAAGAGACUUCGCACGGAGGUUUUUUUUAAUUCUUUUGAUAUGGCUUUACAUGAUGAGAUGUGUAUUGAAAAAAACACCAAUGAAGAUGAAAUUGGUGGGUCUGGUAAUAUUAAUAAUGCUAGUUUAAAUUUGCUUGUCAAUAGUUUAGUUAAGGAUGGGAAUCAAUUGGGGUUAGUGGGAGCUAGGGCAGGGUCAUCUCAUUCAAUGAGUGAAGAUCCAAUUCGGAAGACAAUUGAGGAUGUGCAUGCACCUAACAUGCCGGUUCAUGUUAGUCUUGAAAAGGAAAAUGGAGUUUCUGAGUCAAAAGAGAUGAUUCCCCGUGUUUCUGAUGCACUCUUGAACUCUCCGAAUGGAGACAAACUUAUGUUUAUGAAUAUAGGUGAGAAAGAUGAGACUGAAGUGGAUAAGCAGUCUGUUGUUAAUGUUGAUUCAAAUCUGUUGCCUUCUCCUUGUGACAUUCAAGGUGAUGAUAUGUCUGGUGUUGGUGAGUCUCAGAAGUUGGCUGAAGAAACACAACUUGCUAUGGCAAAUGGUCCGUCUGCUGUGUUAGAUGUUGUUGCCAACUCGUCAGGCAGCAGUCACAGUGAUGUGGGUUUUGCUUCUGAUUGUGAAAAGGAAGUCCAGUCAUCUGGUGCGGUGCAAAAAUCUGACCCUAAGCCUGCAAAUGAAUUUAGGUUAUGUUCAUUGAACACUGAGGACCCUAUUAUCCCGUCAGAUGACACUAACCGUGCAAAUGUAUUUGAUGUAGUUCCUAAUUCUGAUAACAUAACUUCUACAGUAGUUCCGACUGUAAACAUAUCCACCGUAGUAGUUCCUAAUUCUAUGAUUCUGAAACCCAUAUCGAUUGUUAAAGAGGUGGGGUAUCCGGAUUCCUCUAUUAUUAAUCUAACAAAAAGGGAACCAAAUGAAGGGUUGAAGAGAAAAGACACCUCUUCAAGCUCUUUUGCAGCUUCUCAGUCAUUUCGACCAGGAUUAGUUCCUAAUAUAAAUCCAAGCAAGGAAAAUUCAGUUGCCGCUGUACUAAAAAUUGAAAAUCUUGCAAAGAACUCAAAUUCCAAAGUUUCUAGGCAGAGUAACAAUGCCACUGUCAACAUCAACCCAAGUCAAAGCAGAUUAGUUCAUGCAACUAUGAAGCAUGCCUCAUAUGGACAUCCGGCACCAGAGGUAGUUAUUGCUCUGCCUUCACCUGUUAAUUCACAUCCAAUGGAAGAGGAGGAUAAGUCUUUACCUGAGAAAGAAGAAAAAUUGACAUGCAUUGAUCAGGUAAAAGGCAAUGCUGAUGAUGAUUAUGAUAGUGAUAGCGAUGAGGAGCAUGAAGUUCCUUACUAUUCUGAUGCUGAAGGAAUGAUUCUUGAAAUGGAUUUAGGUCCGACUGAUCAAGAUACAAAUGCAAGCACCGAAGUGAUAAGGUAUCAGAGUGAUGAAACUAAGAAGACCAUCAUGAGACUGGAGCAAUGUGCCCAGUCUUUUGUGCAAAGAGCUAUUGCAUCUCGAGGUGCACUUGCAGUGUUUUAUGGGCGCACUCUGAAGAAAUAUAUCGAAAAAUCCGAGGUGAUAAUUGGCAGAUCAACAGCUGACACAGAUGUUGAUAUUGACUUGGCUAGAGCAGCGAAAGAUGCUCACAAGAUAUCUAGAAGACAAGCUUCAAUAAAGAUGGACGCAAAUGGUUCUUUCAUCAUCAAAAACCUUGGCAAGAGGACUUUAUACUUGAAUGGCAAAGAAGUUCCAAAAGGACAGAUGCGGGGUCUGAGUGCUGGUAGUUUGAUCGAGAUUUGGGGCUUGGCAUUUAUCUUUGAUGUCAAUAAGAAAUGUGUUGAGAGGUUUAUAGGAAAUGUGAAUGAACAGAACCAGAUAGAAGAAUGA